AUGAAUUUCAUCAGAAGAGUGGACCAGUUCAUCUCGAUCAGAGAUGAAUCUGAGAAUGAUCCAACUAAGCUUCGCGCAAACCAUGAUUUGAAGCCUACCCCACCAAAGGAGAGAACCUGGGAGAUGUACAACUAUUUUAUUGUCUGGUUCCAGAGUGUUUUAACGGUCACGGCAUGGAAUACUGGCCCAUCUCUUGUUCAAACUACAGGUCUCGAUUAUCGGCAAGUUAUAUAUGCAGGACUCAUAGCUAGUUUCUGGGCAGCACUUAUGGUGUCUCUCGCUGCCUGGCCCGGUGCUACUUACCAUAUUGGGUACCCUGUCCUGGCGAGAAGCGUUUUUGGGCCAAGACUCGCUAAAUUUUUUGUCCUUGUUCGUUUAUUCGUCGCUGCAAUGUGGUUCAGUGUUAACAGUUAUAACGGAGCCAUGUGUUUGGUUGUUUGCUUCCGUUGUGUUUUCGGCCACAGAUGGGUCAACCUUCCAAAUCAUUUGCCUGCCAGUGCUGAUAUCACUACGGCACAGAUGAUUUCGUUCCUGGUUUAUUGGAUUGGUCAGUUCUCCCUCAUGUUCUUGCAUCCUAGAAAGAUUCGGUGGUUUUUCUUGGUGAAAGGAUUAAUAAUGCCAUUUGCUUGCUUCGGGAUUUUUAUAUUCUGUAUGAUCAAAGGACAUGGUGCUAGUGGAUUUGACAUCGAUGUUACCUCAUACAACACUUCAAGAGGUAAUAAAUGGAUGUAUGUUUUCAAUUCUGUUGCAGGAGCGCUGUCACCUAUGAUUGUGAACCAACCUGAUAUCGCUCGUUAUGCUAAGAAGAAGUCCCAUGUUCUUAUACCCCAAGCAUUGGGACUUAUUAUCGCUCAGAUGUUGAUUCUUAUUUUAGGAAUGGCCUGCAACUCGGCUCUCAAAAAGGCUUAUGGUGAGUCUUACUGGAGUUUGUGGGAAAUGUUUGAUGCCAUUUUGGAUCGCGGUUGGUCGGCCAAAACUCGUUUUGCCAUUUUCUUGUGCGCCUUUGCAUUCACCUUGUCGGCUGCUGGUACCAAUGUGUUUGGAAACUCUAUCCCAUUUGCUGCAGACAUCUCAUUCCUUUUACCGAAGUACUUCACAAUUGUGAGAGGCCAGAUCUUCUUGGGACUGCUGACAUGGGCACUCGUUCCAUGGAAAACAGUCAACUCCGCUGAAACAUUGAUCAACUUCUUAGGAUCUUAUUCUAUUUUCCUUGGACCUGUUUUAGCAUGCAUACUCGUCGACUUCUACAUUUUCAGAAGAGGAAAUCUUCAUGUACCGUCACUUUACACUAAAAAACCAGGAUCCCUUUACUGGAACUGGCAUGGUUGCAAUGUAUGGGGUUUUUGUGCAUGGAUUAUCUCUCCUGUGAUUGCCAUUCCUGGCUUUGUCAGAUCGUACCACAUGAACAUCCUCAACCAAAGGUGGUCUGACAUUUUCAAUUGCGGCUGGCUUUAUACAUUUUUGAUUGCAUCUGGAGCCUACUUGCUUCUUGGAUAUUUCUUCAGACCAAAAAUCUAUCCAGAUGAGCAUGCUGAUGCCCCAACCACUUUCGAGUAUAUGGUCCCUACAAACGGAUUCUUUGAAGAUGAUGAACCAAUCAACGGGGUUGGCCACCCAUCAGUCAUGAGCUACACCUCGAAAGACGAGGAAGAAGUCAGCGUGGAGGACAUGAAGGCAGAGAAAGUAGUGUUGACGGAAAACCCAGUGGAGUAA